GCCCGGGGAGGUUGGUCACCUCCCGACGUCUCGUGCGCGCCUCUCCGGCGCGAGGGAAAGGGCGAGACGGAGGGGAGGUGGAGGCGUGGCGAGGGCUGCGUUCAUGACGGUGGAGGAGAGGGGUGGGCAGAGGCUGCGGGGCUGCUCCCUUGUCAGACCCGCUUCUUUCCGCACCGGGGCGCCCCCCCUCCUCGCCCGACGACGGAGCGCGCAUGCGCGGGUUGAGGGAACCGGCAAGUGGUCUUCCGCCGCCAUGGAGCCCGGGCGGGAGGAGAGGAGAGCACUCCUGUGAGGACAGAGGGCGCAGCAUGAUGGAUUCAGAAGACCUUGUCCUACAGAAGUCAAAGACAGACCAGAUUGGUCACCGCAUUGUAAAUGUGAGCUCAGGCAAGCAUUACAUCUGUGGUUACUGUGCGGCCAUCACAAACGUCGGCGUCACUUUCCCCCUCCAGAAGGUCCUCUUUCGCCAGCAGCUGUACGGUGUGCGAACCAGAGAUGCGAUACGUCAGCUGCAGAAGGACGGCCUCAGGAACCUGUACCGCGGAAUCCUUCCUCCACUGAUGCAGAAGAGCACCACCCUGGCGUUAAUGUUCGGACUGUACGAAGACCUCUCCUCCCUUCUCCUCAGCCACGUGAGUGCACCCGAGCUUUUGACCCGGAGCGCGGCAGCGGUGCUUGCCGGGACAACAGAAGCUAUCCUGACCCCCUUUGAGCGUGUCCAGGUGCUCCUUCAGGACUACAAACACCACGAUAAAUUUACAAACACUUUCCAAGCAUUCAGGGUUCUCCGAGAACAUGGGAUCAGGGAGUAUUAUCGGGGGCUGGUGCCGAUUCUGCUCCGGAACGGUCCCAGUAACGCGCUGUUCUUUGGCCUUAGAGGACCUAUCAAGCAGUGUUUGCCUGAAGCAACCACAUACAGGACUCACUUGAUCAACGACUUUAUCUGCGGGGGGCUCUUGGGGGCUAUGCUGGGGUUCCUCUUUUUCCCACUGAACGUUGUGAAAGCCCGCAUGCAGUCCCAGAUUGGCGGGGAGUUCCAGCCUUUCUCCAAGGUCUUCAUGAAGAUUUGGGCGGAACGCGACCGGAAAGUAAUGCAGCUCUUCCGGGGAGCCCACCUCAAUUAUCACCGGUCCCUGAUCUCCUGGGGCAUCAUCAAUGCAACCUACGAGUUCUUGCUCAAGCUACUUUGAAAAAUGCUUGCUCCAGAUCACCUUCAGCUUCUCGCAACACUCCUGGUGAUCCAAAGAAUGCACUUUGAAGACAUGCUAACGAGACAGAAGAUUAAUAAAAUGCUGUUUAAUUCCUGUUUGUAACACACGGCGGCAUGCUGGGAUAAGUGGACUUCAAGAUCCCACGAUGCUCCCCCCCCAUUUAAAGGGACAGCCAAAAUGGGGGGGGAAAUCUAAACCUUAAGAGUUCUACAAAAACUUGUCAAAUCGCUUUUGCUACACAGUUGAGAUGGAUGGCGUUUUGUCAAGACUGAAUAUUUCAUUUCAGAAACUGAGUUCAGUAUAACUCCAGUGGCAGGUGUGACUGUUCAUAAACUAGGUGGCGAAUGACUGCUGAAGAGAAGUCGAGAAAAGCUUUAUUAUCUGAAGAGCUUUACAGUCGCCUUCCUGCUAUAAACUGUCGCCUAACUUUGUCAAUAUAGGUUUUUGCUUUGUCUUUUAUACUUCUAAUUGGUUGCAAGCAAGUAUGCUUCCUUGUAACCUUUUGCUUUGGGAAAUAGGGUGCAAAUCACAAAUGGCAGCAUCGAAAUCAAAAUAAAGUGUUUUAAAAUCCCAGAAUGGGACGUAAAAUCUUUUAACUUCUGCUGGAGAUUGUGCGCCAUGUCAAUUUCCCCCCCCAAAAAAAUCUGGCUUAGCUAAUCAGUAUUCAUAUCUGAACAGCUUUUGACUCUCCUGGUUUAGCAAAUGUCAGUGAAGGCGACAUAUCAAGACGUGAACAUCUGCCCUUUGGAGGAUAUUUUAUUGAGGUAGAAAAGGAAUCAUUAGAGCUGCUUCCACCACUGCUCUAGUGUGUAGUGGACAGAGCCCCCCCCCAAAUCUGUAAUGUGAACUGCAGCCUACACAAGGAGGCCUGCCUGCUCACAGAAUCUGCCCGUCUUCUCUCUUGCACUAAGCAGAUUAUAUCUCUGGGAGCCCUGCCUUGUGUCUAACCUCUGCUCAUGGGCAAUGUGUGAAGUGGCCCACACAAAGACUAUGCAGAUGUGUAAAAAGAAAAAGAAAAAUCACAACAUUGAAAGUCUCUCUCCCAGGCAUUAGUUGGAUCUGAUUUUCUCCUGUGUUGAUUCAAUCAUGCUGACAAAUGUUAUCUGUGUAAAUUCCAGAAUUCAAGGUGGGGAGGGGGGGAAUUAAGCAUAGAGAGAUGCAGUGCAAGUGACGUCUCAAGGCAAGUGUCGGGAAGGAAAGCAGCGCUCAAAAUAACACUUGUCUUAUUAUGUGACUCGGGAUUUUUGUAUAGUGUUUUUUUUUAACCAGUGUCAAUAAGCGUUAAUAUUUUCCUAUUUGUAGUGUACAGGAAAGCUUUCCCAAACUGAACUGAUUGUCCUCUUAAGUGUUGGGUUGGGUUUUUUUUAAAUGUAGUAACUUCUCAGCAUCCAGACAGUACAGUUUUUACCUCACCUACCAUCCACAUGAUAAAUUGCCAUCGGGCAGCCAAUUAAUCCUGACUGAAUAUAUCCCAUUUCUUGAUUCUUGUACUGUACCAGUGUAUCUUGCUUAGCUUCACAGUCAGAUCGCCAAGCACAAAAAAGGAAGAAUGUUUGAUAUAUUGAAUGUUGUGAUU